UGUGAGUUGUAUCGCCAUGGCGUCAAUACCUUACAACUUAUUAGUAAUUUCUGGUAUAUCUGGACGGUAUCCUGAGGCUCAAUCUUUGGAAGAGUUUUGGUUCAACCUAUUGAACGGUGUUGAUGGUGGUACUAUCGAUAAUAGAAGAUGGCCAACUACUUUGCUAAAUAUACCUAAAAGGUUGGGUAAAGUUCCUAAUAUUGGCUUUUUUGAUGCAGAAUUUUUCAAAAUACCUACAAAAUCUGUAUCAACAAUUUUUCCAUUAAUUCGUGUUAUGCAUGAGGCCAUAUACGAAAUGUUCAUUGAUGCUGGUUUCACCCCCGAUAGCUGGCGUGGUACGAACACAGGUCUUUUUUCUGGUGUUAGUGAGAGUCAUAGACUACAAUUCGACGGAGUUCUUUUUGGUCUGAAUCACCCCGAAAGCAUAAAUUGGUUACAUUAUGUGUUUGACCUGAAAGGCCCAGUCCUCAGUGUGGACACUGCAUGUGCUGCCGCUGCUUCAGCUUUCGAUGUUGCAGCGAGAAGCAUAUUGAUGGGUGAUUGCGAUCAAGCGAUUGUUCUUGCUCAUAACCAUUGUGUUGUUCCAUUCGUCUCUCGUUGUUUCAGAUCAUUUGGAAUGACAAGUAUUGAUGGUAAGUCCAAAUGUUUAGAUGCUAAUGCUAAUGGUUAUCUCAGAUCUGAAAGUAUUGUUGCGAUUUUAAUUCAACGUAAAUCUGAUGCCAAGAGAGUUUACGGCUCUUUAAUGAAUAUCGUUGUGAAUAACGAUGGAUUCACCAAAGAAGGAAUUACUUUUCCACGACUCGAAGGUCAGAUAGAUGUUCUUAGACGAGUGUUUAAAGAUGUGCAUUUAGACCCAAUGGAUAUCGACUAUGUUGAAGCACAUAUAACGGGAACUUCAGCUGGAGAUCCAGUUGAAUGUAAGGCAUUGAUGGAAACAAUGAGACCUGAUUCAGAAAAACCUCUUCUUGUUGGUUGCCUCAAAUCAAAUAUUGGUCAUUCUGAAGGUUCUUCUGUUUUAAAUGCGAUCUCAAAAGUCGUUAAGAUUUUCCAAACUGGAGUAAUUCCUGCUAAUUUACAUUUCAACGAACCAAAUCCAAAUAUCGAUGGACUGAUUAAAGGUGUUAUUAGACCAAUUCUUGAAAAUACAAGAUUCGAUGGAGAUCAUAUUUUGGUAAAUGCAUUCGGAUUUGGCGGUGUUAAUCAUACUUGCAUUUUGCAAGCAAAUUCUAAAAGAAUUGAAAAGACUGAUCUAAUUUUGAGUUCCAAUAAAAUACCACGUUUAGUCAAUUUUUGCAAUCGAACUUAUGAAGGCUUGGAAACUAUUGUUAAUUUUAUUGAGGAGCAAAAAGGAUCGCUAACAAAAUACACGUUGGCACUUUUGGAUAACAUGAGUAAGAUCAAACCAUCAACAGGGUUUGAUCAUCGUGGAUAUUUAUUGUUGGACGAUGAACAAACAAUCAUUCAUCAAACAUUAAAACAAAAUGUAUCAACUGAUGAAGUUUUUCCUUGGUUGGUAUUCACUCCAAUGUUUAAUAUCUCAUCACAAUCAUUUGUUCAACUGUUGGAAGUUCCUCUAAUUUAUUCAAGAAUAAGAUCAAUGCAAACUGAUCGUUUGAGCUCAUUAGGAAUUGAUGUUAUCAAGAUUAUCGAAUCGAAUCAACAAGAUUUAAUUUCCUUCUUAAUUUCAUCUAUUGCGAUUCAAAUAGCUCUUUGUGACCUACUAACUAAACAUUUGGAAAUUAAACCCAAAGGUAUUAUUGGUCAUUCGAUUGGUUCAAUUGCUGCUUCUUAUGCCGUUGGAUGUAUAACCGAUGAAGAUGCUCUGUUAAUCGGUUAUCAUAUUGGUGUCGCUUGUAAACAAUUCAAAGGAAAAGGAGCAAUGGCUUACGUUAAUUUACCAUGGAGACAAAUCGAAGAGAAGAAAUUUGGUGAUAUUGAAAUAGCUUCAAAAGAGUCGGAAGAUUGGACGUUGAUCACUGGCACUGAAGAUACAAUUAAAAAGUUCAUAUCAAAAAUUAGGUCUAAUAUCAAGACAAAUAUUAUUGACACUAAAGGGAUUCCUUUCAACUCUUCUCUGCUUAGUGAAAUAUCAAAACCACUUGAACUUGAAAUCAACCAAUUUCUCAGACCAUUGAAAACGAAUUCCGGAUUAGAGACUAAUCUUUGUAGAAACUUUAUCAAUUCUGAUCAAGAGCAUAUCAUUGAUGGACAUUUUUUCGUUUCCUGUAUCACAGAAUCAUUUAAUUACAAUGGUAUAAUAGAAAAGAUCGAUUCUAACUCUCUGUUACUAGAGAUUGGUUUAGAUGUUGAGAUGAGACAAUUAUCAAUCUUCUUAAUUAACAAUCGAGAAACGCUGACAAACAUUUGCAGCUAUAAUCAAUCGACUUUGCAUCUUUAUAAAAUGAUUGGUCAAAUUUAUCUUCAUGGUCUUAAUCCAAUGGUUACGAAUCUUUAUGAUAAAAUUGAAUAUCCAGUCCCAAGAGAAACACAAUCUGUUGGUCAUCUGAUUAAAUGGAAGCAUGAAAAGGAAUGGUUCGAUUUGAAAGUCGACAAGUAUUCUAAUCAACAAACUGUAUUUUCCAAAAUAAUUGAUCUUCACGAUCCUUUAUGGUCGUUUCUUACUGGUCAUGAGAUAGAUGGAAGAAUUUUGUUUCCAGCAACAGGUUAUCUUUAUGUUGCUUGGCAAAUGGUCUGUAGAAUUCUUGAUCUCGAACCUGAAGAAAAUCCAAUUGAAUUCUAUCAAGUUCAAAUUCUGCGAGCAACACAAUUCACAUCAACUGCAAGUCAAAUGAAAUUUGUUACUAAAAUUAACGAAGAUCUUGAAACUUUUCUCAUCUACGUUAAUGAGAGUAAAAAUGUUUGUAUUACUGGAAAAUAUCGUCUCGUUGAUAGACCGACACUUAACUUGCCACCUAUUGAUAAUAAUAUCACAGAGGUUAUACUUCAAAAGAAGGAUAUUUAUAAGGAGCUUAAAACUCGUGGUUAUGAUCAUUCUGGAUCAUUCCAAGGUGUAGAAGAAGCUUCUUCUAAUGGAAAGUGGGGUGCAGUCAAAGACACUGGACAUUGGAUUAGCUUUUCUGAUGCUUGUUUACAGGUUUCGUUAUUGACUUCGAAAUCUCGUAAGCUGAUUGUUCCUGUUUACAUUGAUUAUGUUUACAUGUUUCCCCCAGAAACAUUAAGUGCCUUUAGCGAUGAGACUGUCAGGUCAGUUUCUGAUUCUACUAAAAUGCUUAGUGUUCAUUUCAAUCAAGAAACGCGAAUGGGACUAACAAACGGGCUCAUUGUUAAAGGAAUAGAAGGCGAAGAGAUCAGGAGGAAGAUUAACACAGCAAACCAUCAAAUACGAAACCAUAAUCUAAUCCCAUUUAAUUCGUAUCAUACUUUAACCAAUAGAAAAGCAAUGAGACAGCAAGAGUACAGUUUUCAAUGCAUGAAAUUGAUUGAAAAUAUUGAGAGAUUGAAAUCAAGAAAACUUGAUACAAUAGAUUGUAAUGAUCAUAUGCUAGAGAUAAUUGGAAGUGAUAAUCUUGAUGAAUCUUUUAGACAAAUUUUGAAUGAGAUUUUAGAAUCAGAAAUACAACAAUGCAAAAGUUCAAUGAAUGGUGUAGAUUUUAACUCAAAUUUAGAUAAUGUUCUCAACCAAUAUCAUGAUGCUCUGUAUCGAGAUUUUUUCUUUUAUGAGCCAGAAAAAAUUUUACUUGAACAUAUUCUUAGCAUUGUUAGAUACAAUUUAGUCAAAAAAAAAAUCUCAAUUGCAUUUUGUAAUUUCAGUCAAAAACUAUUUGAAAACGAGAUUGAAAAUAUUUUUGAUGAUUAUGGAUUCACAGCAAUGAAUCAUUUUAUAAAAAGUGAUUCUACUUCUAAUGUAAUUUAUAUUCAAAAUCAAAACAUCCAAAAUGGUUCAGAAUAUGAAAAAUGUUCAGAAUCAAAACUAUACGAUUUUGUUUUUAUUCGUGACAAGUCAACUCUUCUCAUGUACAAAGAUGCCGAACCUGAAGUUAAAUGCAAUCAAUACAAUCCGUUGUUGAAGAAUCUAUUUGAUACACUGAAAGAAGGUGGAUUUUGUCAAAUUACGACAAGAACUAAAUUAAGACCAGUCGAACAAGAAUGGCAACAAUUGAUUGGAAAUAAUCAACAUAUCAACUUUGAUUUAUCAACACUAAAAAGUAUCGCAACCGAUGCUGGAUUCACUUGGAUAUGUCACAAGGAGAUGGUCGAUGAAGGAUAUUGUUCAGUUCUACUGAGACGUCCAUUCGCUCCUAAUCCACAUCAACAGGUAACAUUUAUCAGAGUGAAACUUGAUAGUAAUUAUGAUUGGGUUGAUAAGAUAAAAGAAUUGUCUAAAGAUAAGAACCAUAAAAUCUGGUUAACUGGAGGUGGUUAUGAUAACGGGAUAGUUGGAUUCAUCACGUGUCUUUCUAAAGAUCCUCAAUAUAAUAUAAGGUGUUAUUAUGAUCCGAAAAUAGGAGAUGAUGAAGAGAUAAUUGUCCCUGAUGAAGUAAUGGAAAGAGAUUUGAUAGUAAAUGAAGUUGAUGAUAACGGAGAAAGUGGAUUGUAUAAAAGUGAACUUGCCAAUCUUGAUGAUUUACAAAUCGAAACAAUGUCAUGUUAUGCUGAUAUUAAAACCAAAGGUGAUCUUUCAAGUUUGCGAUGGUUCCAAUCACAUCAUAGUAAUUGGACUCAUAUUCCUAAGGAUAAGCUCAUCGGAGAUCCUGAAAAUAUAAUAAUCUAUUAUGGAUCUUUGAAUUUUAGAGAUGUUCUAAUUGUCACAGGAAGAAUUACUUUACAAUCUUACAACGACGAGCUACAAGCUCCACUAAUUGGAACUGAGUUUUCUGGGAUAGAUUCAUUGGGUAAUCGAAUCAUGGGAAUGUGUGCAGCAGGAGGAAUCGGAACAUCUCUUUGCACCAAAACUCAUUUAACAAAGAUUCAAUUUCCUGAAAACUGGACAUUAGCCGAAGCUGCAACAGUUCCUGUUGUCUAUCUAACAGCUUAUUAUGGUUUAAUUUCUCGAGGAAAUUUACAAUCUGGUGAAAGUGUUUUAAUUCAUGCAGGUUCAGGAGGAGUUGGUCAAGCAGCUAUUUCGAUCUGUCUAUCAAGAGGUUGUCAAGUAUUUACUACAGUUGGAACACAAGAGAAAAGGGAUUUCAUUAAGAAACGUUUCCCUUCAAUCGAUGAUGAUCAUAUUGGUGAUUCUCGAUCGACAUCAUUUGAAGAUAUGAUUAUGAAGAUGACCGAUGGUCGAGGUGUUGAUCUGGUUUUAAACUCACUUUCUGAUGAUAAACUAAAAGCUUCAAUCAGAUGCUUAUCAGAUUUCGGUCGCUUCAUCGAAAUUGGCAAAUAUGAUAUGAUCCAAAAUACUAAAAUUGAUUCACAAUUCAUAGAUUUCAACAAAACUUUUCAAGCUUGCUGCUUGAUGUUUCUACAAGAUGAUGUGUUCAUCAAGAUGAUUCCUGGUCGGAUAAAGAUUUGGAAUGGUAUUAAUGAGAUGUUAAAAGAAGGAAUCAAAUCAGGUGAAGUUGUGCCUCUUCCAACAACGAUAUUCCAAAUGAAUCAGCUUGAAGAGUCGUUUCGGUUUAUGGCAACAGGGAAUCAUAUUGGUAAAGUUUUGAUUCAAAUGAGAGAUGAAAAUGAAGAUCCGAAUAAAGUCAAACUUUAUCGGUCAAUUGGUCAAACAUUUUUCGACCUUGAAAAAACCUACAUAAUAACCGGUGGACUCGGAGGAUUAGGACUCGAAGUUGCCUAUUGGAUGGUAUCAAGAGGAGCAACUAAUCUGAUUCUUACCUCACGUUCUGGAAUCAAAACAAAAUACCAAGAGUAUAUUUUAGAAAGGAUGAGAAACAAUAGUUACUCUCGAGUGAAUAUUAUCAUCUCUAAUGAAGAUUGUUCAACUUCAGAAUCAGCUGAGAGGUUAAUUAAUCAAGCACGAGAAUUGGGCCAAAUCGGUGGAGUAUUUCAUCUUUGUAUGAUUCUAAAAGACGGACUUUUCGAGAAUCAAACAGCUGAAACAUUUGAUGAAGCUGUCAAACCAAAAGCGAUCGCUUGUCGUUAUUUAGAUCAACUAAUUCGAUCAUUACCCUACGAUAUUGAUUAUUUCGUAUGCUUUUCUUCAAUAGCUAUUGAGGUCGGAAAUAUUGUCCAGACCAAUUAUUGUUUUGGUAAUAUGGCGAUGGAAAAUAUUUGUAGGAAAAGAAGAUUAGAUGGCCUACAUGGUUUGGCUAUUCGAUGGGGAGUAGUUGGUGAUGUUGGUGCAAUUACAGAGAUGAAUUUUCCAUCUAAUGAGAUAGUGAGAUCCUUUGCCCCAAUGCGUUUGAACUUAGUAUUGGAUUCGCUUGAGAAAACUUUAUUUUCACUUGAUAAUAAUCAUCUUAGCACCAUCGUUUCCUUUCCUGAUAAAAAAAGCGCAUCAUCAUUAGGAAAUAAUUACUCAUUGAAACAGAAAAUCUUUCAUAUCCUAAGUUUUAAACAUGAAACUAAAGUUGAUCCACAAUCAACUUUAUCUGAACUUGGUCUUGAUUCAUUGAUGGCAGUUGAAAUUAAACAAGCUCUGGAUACUGAUUAUGAUUAUUCAAUGACAACCAAUGAAAUCCAAGAAUUGAAAGUUGAUGAAUUAGAUGAACUCGAAAAGAAAUUGAAAAAAUCAGAGAAGAAAAAAAUCAACUCUGCUUUUUCAAUAACUGAACACAGAAAUAUUUUCCAAAUUUAUACGCAAUUGUUUAUCCCAUUGAAUCAAAGUGAAUCUGGAUUACCAUAUUUUUACUUCCCUGAUCGAUCAGGUAACUUCCAUAUCGUUAUUCCAGUAUUUGAAUCAUUCUCAAAACCAGUGAUCGGCAUCAGUUGGACCAAAGACUGUCAGAAUCUUGAAUCAUUGGAUGAAGUUGUUAACUUUUAUGUGGACUCACUUAUCACCAAAUAUCCAAAUGAUAAAACAUUUAAUCUCAUUGGUUACUCACUUGGUGGAGUGAUCGCCUUGAAAGUGGCCAUUGGUUUACAAAAGAAAUUGGGUCAAAAUUCUGUUCGAAAUCUCAUCAUGAUGGAUUCAUCACCUGAGAUAUUAAACCAUCAAACGAGCACCGCUAAAAAGGCAUAUGAAGGAGAAGAUGAAAGCACAUUAUUUACAUAUUUAGCUUUGAAUUAUCUUUCACAGUAUAUGAAAAGUGAUGAAAAGAUCGCGGCGAGAACAGCACUGAUAGAGCUCAAAACGAAACAAGAAAAAUUAGAAUAUGCAACUUCAAUUAUCAACAGAAUAGGAUCGUUUGAAUAUGAUGUUAACCAGAUAAGUGAUGCUAUCGAUCUUUCUACAGAUAAAAUGCGAAAAACUGUGGCUAUAAAUGUAAACGAAAUUUUCUACGGCGAAAUUGUUUUGAUUCGAGCAACAGAAUCAGAUGACAAUAAUUCCGAUGGUCAUCAUUUGGAUGAUUAUGGAUUAUCCAAACAUACAAAUGGAGCUGUCGAGGUCUUAAAAGUGCCUGGAAAUCACGAUAACUUCAUUAUAAAUGGUUUGGAAAAAAUUAUUGACACUCUUGAGGUGCUCGCAAUGAAAACUUCUACUGGAUAAAUAAAAAGUUUGUGCUGAUCGAUUGAAAGAGCCAAAUUGUCAGUUCCUAUCGGAAUUUAGCAAUAUCAAUAAAUAUUUUAAUAAUACUUUAGAAUAAAUCUAAAAAGAACUGUUUCAAAUUCAAU